UCGUGUGCGCACGUUGCGUGAGUUUAUUUCGUGUGUUUACUCGUGAAGGGUGUCACCGGCACGAUGAAAACUGUCAGCGCGACGCCCGUGUCUCCCGUGAAGUGGAUACGACGAACUGGCAAGUGCUCAUCGGACGACGAGGAAUGCGGCGGCGGGGCCGGCGGCUCGGACGACCGCGACGACAAAGAGGAGUCACCACCGACCUCCAAGCUGAAAGGUGGGAAACGCAAGCGACGCUCUAACGGCGACGCUGCCGGCAGCAGCCAGCCUACUCUGACCGCGCUGUUCAGCAAGAUGGCAAAGCGCGUCAAGAGCGAGAACGGCGAGCAAGCCGAGAGCAAGAAACCGGCCGCCGCGGAGGUGAGCUACACCCGUUGCUCCGAUUGUCGCCAGGUGCUCGACGCCGCCGAGUUGCGGCUCUUCGAGGGCGACCCCUGCGGAGCCGUCGACGAGUUCUCGGCGCUCACCGACCCGCGACUGAGCGUGUUCAACGACAGCGGGGCCGUCGACGACGGCGGCGACGACGUGAUGGAUACGCCGCAACACAAGCUCACGCAGUUCACCGUUUACGACCGGCACACGCAUCUCUGCCCCAUCGACGCCGGCCUGAUCGAGCGAGACGUGGAGCUCUACUUCAGCGGGUACGUCAAGCCCAUUUACGACGAGGACCCUUCACCCGAGAACGGCAUCUGCUGCAAGGCGAUGGGACCCAUCGGCGCGUGGUGGACCGCGGGUUUCGACGGCGGCGAGAAGGCCGUGAUCGGAUUCACGACUCCGUACGCCGACUACGUGCUCAUGGCACCGAGCGAGCAGUACGCUCCUUUCAUCGACGCCAUCAAGGAAAAGAUCUACAUGAGCAAGUUGGUGAUCGAGACACUCGUGAAGGAUCCCAAUACGACGUACGAGGACCUGCUCAACAAGCUCGAGCUGACGCCCCCGCCUCAGGGCAUCGCCAAGUUCACCGAGGACGCGUUGCUUCGAAACGCCCAGUUCGUGGUCGACCAGGUGCAGAGCUUCGACGUCACCGGAGACGACGACGAGGCGCACCUGAUCGCGACCCCGUGCUUGCGGAGCCUGGUUCACCUGGCGGGAGUCACGUUGGGUCAGCGCCGAGCGAUGCGCCGCGGUCGACGCGAAGUGUUGCCCAAGAAGCCCGUCGGCACGCUGGCCACGACGACUCCGCUGGUGAGAGACGUCUUCGAAGUCCUGUUCCACGGCCAGAUCGACGACAAGGCGUCCAACACAGCCAGGCGCAAGCGGUGCGGAGUCUGCGAAGCCUGCCAGUCGGCCGACUGCGGGAAGUGCCGCGCCUGCAAGGACAUGGUCAAGUUUGGCGGUACGGGACGGCAGAAGCAGUGCUGCUUGGAGCGGCGUUGCCUCAACAAGGUCUUCCAGGAGGCCGAAGAAGACGACGGCGACACUGAAGAGAUGGAAGACGAGCUGGACCGCAAGGCCGCGCAGGCCGAGGCUCCCGCGACGCGUAAGACGGCGCGGCGCGGUGGCAGCGACGUCAGAUGGGCCGACGACAAGCCCGUCGCAAAGCUCAACAAGAAGUCCUACUACUCGCGCGCCCUGGUCAACGGUCACGAACUGCGUUGGGGCGACUUCGUGCUCGUAACCCCGGCGGAUCCCGGUACUCCGCUGGACGUGGCCAGAGUCGUGCACAUGUACGAAACCCCGUCGGGCGAGAAGAUGUUCCACGCGCACUGGUUCUGGCGGGGUUCGGACACCGUCCUGGGCGAGUCGUCCGACCCUCGCGAGCUGUUUCUCGUCAACGAGUGCGACAAUCAGAGUCUGAGCGCCGUCAACGACCUCUGUACGGUGGUGCACAAACCGGCAGCCGAGGACUGGUUCUCUCGCGGCGGCGUGCACAGUCUGGAGGACGAGUGUGUGCUACAGGGCGAAGACGACGGCAGGUCGUUCUACCAGAAGGCCUACGAAGCCGAGCACGCGCGCUUCGUCGAUCCGCCCGAACUGCCUUGUCCCGAGGAGUGCGACGUGACGCAAGCGUGUACGUCGUGCCGUCAUGCGGAAGCGCAGGAGAAACUGGAGACUCCCGUUCCCGGAGACGUCGUCGAGGAAGAGAACGGCAGGAUCUGUUAUUCGAGUAUAUCGUUCCAGGGUAAAUCGUUCUGCAUCAGCGAGUGUGUCUUCUUAGAGCCGGACGCUUUCGAAUUCGACUACAAGCCGGCCAAAAGCAAAAACAACAAGGGCGGCGUCAAAAAGGAAGACGUCGACGAGGACAUGUACCCGGAGUACUACCGCAAACGUUCGGAAUACAUCAAGGGAUCGAACGCCGACGUUCCCGAACCUUUCAAGAUCGGCAAGAUCGUAUCCAUUUACAAGAAGUCUGGCAGCGGAAAUGGCAAGAACGAGCCCGAAAUGUUCAGAAUGAGAGUCAAGAAGUUUUACCGGUCCGAAAACACGCAUCAGCCGAAGCUGGACGCCGACCUCUGCCUCUUGUACUACUCCGAGGAAGAAGCCGUUGUCGAGCUUAACCAGGUGUGCGGCAAGUGCUACGUCGUGUACGGCGAGAACUUGGCCGAGGAAGUCGAAGACUACCUUCGCCGAGGCCCCCACCGAUUCUACUUUACCGAAGCGUACGAGAGCGAGACCAAGAGCUUCGUGGAACCUUCGUCCAAGGCGCGCAUGAUGGGCUGUCUCGGCAAAGGAAAGGGCAAGAAAGGCAAGAGCUCGACCAAAACCGUCGCCAUCGAGCCGCCAGAAGAGUUCUACGUUCCUCAUCGCAAGCUGCGCAGCCUCGACGUUUUCGCGGGCUGCGGGGGCCUGUCCGAGGGCUUCCACCAGGCCGGCGUCAGCGAGACCUGCUGGGCCAUCGAGCGAGAGGAGCCCGCGGCCACGGCCUUCCGUCUCAACUUUCCCGACGCCACCAUCUUCACGGACGACUGCAAUCGUCUUCUGCGGCUCGUCAUGGACGGCGAGACCGUCAACGAACGCGGUCAGACGCUGCCGCAGAAGGGAGACGUCGAGCUGCUCUGCGGAGGACCUCCGUGUCAGGGCUUCAGCGGCAUGAACCGCUUCAACUCGAGGCAGUACUCCCAGUUCAAGAACUCUCUGAUCGCGUCGUACCUCAGCUACUGCGAGUACUACCGGCCUCGCUUCUUCCUGCUCGAGAACGUGCGCAACUUCGUCUCCUUCAAGCGCAGCAUGGUCCUCAAGCUCACCCUGCGCUGUCUGAUCAGCAUGGGCUACCAGUGCACCUUUGGCGUGCUACAGGCCGGCAACUACGGAGUGCCUCAGACGCGCAGAAGAGCCAUCAUCUUAGCAGCUGCACCGGGGGAGAGGCUUCCGCUCUAUCCCGAACCGCAGCAUGUGUUCGCUCCGCGGGCCUGCCAGCUGACCGUCAUGGUGGACGAGCGCAAGUAUCUGUCCAACUGCAAGUGGUCCUCGUCCGCACCGCUCAGAACCAUCACUGUCCGCGACGCCAUGUCGGACCUGCCGGAGAUCCGCAACGGCGCCAAGUUCAACGAGAUUCCCUACGGUGCCCAGGCCCUGACCCCGUUCCAGAAGGUUCUGCGCGCCGGUGGUGCCGUGCUGCGCGAUCACGUCUGCAAGGAGAUGGCGCCCUUGGUCGAGGCCCGGAUGCGGCACAUUCCCCUGGGUCCGGGUUCCGACUGGCGCGACCUGCCAAACAUCGUGGUGCGUCUCUCGGACGGCGUCACGUACACGAAGAAGCUUCGCUACACGCACCACGACUCCAAGAACGGCAAGUCGUCGACGGGCGCCCUGCGGGGCGUCUGCCCGUGCGCGUCGGACAAGCCGUGCGACCCGGUGUGUCGCCAGGACAACACCCUGAUCCCGUGGUGCCUGCCGCACACGGGCAACAGGCACAACCACUGGGCCGGACUGUACGGUCGGCUCGAGUGGGACGGCUUCUUCAGCACGACCGUGACCAACCCGGAGCCGAUGGGCAAGCAGGGACGAGUCCUGCACCCCGAGCAGCACCGAGUGGUGAGCGUGCGGGAGUGCGCGAGGUCGCAGGGUUUCCCGGACACUUACCGGUUCUUCGGCACCAUCCUGGACAGGCAUCGGCAAGUGGGCAACGCCGUGCCGCCGCCCAUGGCGCGAGCAAUCGGACGCGAGAUCCUCAAGUGUCUCGCCGCUGAAGCACAGGACAGUUGUAACUGAUUCUAGUGAUGGAACGGGACAGUCAAGUGUGCCUUCGGGGAGAAUAUAUGCUCGCGGACUAUACUGAAAACCCGUAUUUUUUGGUGCUUACCCGUUUUUAUAUAUAUCGUUACGCACGGUUUAGCCGAUGCUUGUUUAGUACUGCGUUUCCUUUUUAGUCCCCGGAGAUGCGCUUUUGAUCUCCGCCAAAUAUUGUGCCAUUGACAGGUGCGUUUAUGCACUAAGCCUUAUCUUACUUAUUACUUUAGUAUAAGAACUCCUGUCAUCUCUAAGAAACUGGAAGGUGCACUGAGCGUGACUAUAUUUUAUACGGAAAGCAGUUUACUGUUGCACUGUAUAUAAUGCUUUUAAAUCAUUGUUUUUUACGCACCCUAAAAGAAGCGAGACCAUGGAUAUAUAAUGUACGAAGAUGGGCUGUUCAUUGUGUCCAUGUCUGCACUCCGUAGUUCGUACGCGGCAUUCCUGACAACGGUCGUUCUUUGCCGGCGUCUUCAUUUAUGUUAAUGUCUUCGAUGAGUUUCUAAUUAAUUUUAUAGAUUUCUGUCACGCUUGUGAAAGAUGAAGGGACUGCUGGGCAUUCAAAGCUCGUGUUUACCGACGUUAGUGCAAAGAAGUUAUGUUUCGUGUGUAAGACCCAUACGCAGAUUGGACUAUUAAAUGAUCUGUGUCAUCCGGAUCUCGA